AUGAACUCCAAUUACAGCCAGAGAAUAGACGAAAUCAGGGAAACAGAAUUUCCUUCACUAAAGGGUACAGUCUAUCUUGAUCACGCAGGGACUACUCUCUACCCUAAAUCGCUCAUCGAGUCAUUCUCAAUGGAUAUGACGUCCAACCUGUUUGGCAACCCACAUUCAGCAUCAGGCUCUUCCCAGCGGUCGACACAGCGAAUUGAUGACGUUCGGUUACGUGCACUAAAGUUCUUCAAGGCCGACCCUGAUCAAUUUGACAUCGUAUUCGUUGCCAACGCCACUGCUGGCAUCAAAUUAGUAGCUGAAGCUUUCAGAGAGCACGAGAAGGGUUUCUGGUAUGGCUAUCACAGCGAUAGCCACACAAGUCUUGUUGGAGUCAGAGAAGUCGCACGAGCAGGACAUCAGUGCUUUGGGUCUGAUCACGAAGUGGAAAAAUGGUUGCAAAGCCUGGAUGCUGAAGAUGCACGGGGGAAGAGAGAAGGUCCACACUUGUUUGCGUAUCCAGCCCAAUCCAAUAUGAAUGGCAGGCGACUGCCAUUGUCAUGGUGCCGUGAUCUUAGGCUGUCAAAGGAUUGUCAAGAUGUGUACAGUCUACUAGAUGCCGCUGCAUUGGUGUCAACAUCACCCCUAGACUUCAGUGACGUCUCAUAUACUCCAGACUUUACAGUCAUCAGCUUCUACAAGAUAUUUGGCUUCCCUGACCUGGGAGCACUUAUCGUGCGGAAAGCGGCGGCUGGGCCACUCCUAAGGCGUCACUAUUUUGGAGGCGGUACGGUCGAGAUGGUUUCGUGUGGCAAUGAGUCAUGGCAUAUCAAGAAGCAAGGGUCUUUACAUGACCAACUUGAAGAUGGGACGUUGCCCAUCCACAGUCUCAUCGGACUUGAUCAUGCCUUUGACGUGCACCAAAAACUUUACGGUUCGCUGGAACAGGUUGGAUUUCAUACGGCAUGCCUCGCGCACACUUUGCAUUGUAGUCUUUCUUCAUUACGCCACUACAAUGAUGCAAAGGUCUGUGAAUUGUAUACUGAGCCCAACACAUCAUAUGAAGACGACAAGAAGCAAGGCCCGAUCAUAGCCUUCAACGUGAAGGAUAGCCGCGGUGAAUAUGUAAGCAAUACAGAGAUAGAAAAAUUAGCAAUCAUCAAAAACAUCCACUUCCGAUGUGGAGGUCUUUGCAACCCUGGAGGCAUCGCCUCAUCACUGGGUCUUGUACCCUGGGAAUUGAAACGCAACUUCUCUGGUGGUCAAAGAUGUGGAAGCGAGAAUGACAUUAUUGGAGGGAAACCGACAGGCAUGAUAAGAGUCAGUCUAGGCGCUAUGAGUAACGUGCGAGACAUUGAAAUCUUUGUGUGCUUUCUUCAAGACUUCUUCGUUGAUCUGAGGCCAAAACAGGAGCCGAUUCCACGAUUCUACCCUUGCUUCAAACGCUUCUUUGUUGAAAGCUUGACAGUCUAUCCGAUUAAAAGCUGUGGUGGCUGGGCUGUACCCAAGGAUUCAUUUUGGGACAUCAGAUCGGAAGGUCUUGCCUGGGACAGGGAAUGGUGCCUGAUCCAUCAGGGGACACGCAGAGCUUUGAGCCAGAAAAAGCAUCCAAGAAUGGCUCUACUUCGACCACAGAUUGAUAUUGAAAACAGUCUUCUCCGCAUUGAAUACUAUGACCCUACAAAAGCUCUAGAGCCCUCCGCAAUUGCUGUACCUUUAUCGGAGGAUCCUACUGUCUACGAUGAUGCCGAUUUCAACUUGCCAAUGUCUGCUCGAGUCUGCGAGGACAAUAUCUUGAUGAGAACGUACGCCUCCCCAGCAAUCACGGAAUUUCUAACAACAGCUAUUGGCAUUCCUUGCACACUGGCAAGGUUUCCUCCAAACUCAUCGGGAACAUCAACACGCCACAGCAAGAUUCAUCUUGCCAAAGCAGGGACGCUUGGACGCCCGAAAUCCAUCCUCCUAUCCAACGAGAGUCCAAUUCUUACCAUCUCCCGCUCUAGCCUUACACGCCUCAAUCAGCAUAUCAAGCUUUCGGGCGGAAAACCAGCACAAGCCUCAGUCUUCCGCGCCAACAUUGUUUUAGUCGAAGAUCCGGUCACAAGUUCGGGCGAGGAGCAAUCAUACGCUGAGGACAGCUGGCAGAGGCUUCAGAUUGGCAACAGCGUGACUCUGGAUGUUCUAGGUCCUUGUCGACGAUGCCAAAUGGUUUGCAUCGACCAAAAUACAGCUGAGAAAAAUGAGGAGCCGUUUGUCACGUUAGCAAGAACCAGAAGGCAGCAAGGGAAGGUCUUCUUCGGUAUUCACACCGCUCUUGCUGAACACACUUCCGCAAUGGCAAGGCGAAUCAAAUUAGGCGAUAUGGCAAUACCUGGCUGA